GAUGGUCUAUCUACAAUUCGUGACAAUCAUGCCACGAAGGAAUCGGCAGCCAUUUUUAAACUACCCACUUACUAUACAGUGUACAAGAAAGAUAUGGAUAAAUGGGCUUCACGUUGCGAGACAGUAAUUUUAAACGAAUAAGAUUAAAUGGGGUGUGAUUGUUAGCCGUAAGAGGAGCGCAAAGACGGGUCGCGCGCGCGCGAAAGAGAGGACUGGAGAGAUACCGACGUGACGACAAGUUUUGGCCUCUCUCGUGACCGAACGCGCGACGGACACAGACAGACGGACAGACGAAUGUCGUCACGCGCGAACGUACGCACUUGUCCUUCGCGAGAAUUGUGAUGUGAUUAUGGUCACCUGUCAUCGUUAUCGUCAACGUCAACCGAACGGUUAUCCGUAAGGUAUGCCUCUUUUGAGGUAUGCUCCUUGUCCCAUAUUUUCCACAACAGCAGCAACGGGAGCGAGAGCGCGUGGCGCGGACGACUGCGAUCAGUACGAUCGGUCGCGUUGUUAAACUUGGAUCGGCGCGAGACGAUAAGGAGCCAGUGACGGCGGAGGAAAAGAAGGAGAAAGAAAAGAGCAAGAGCGUGUGUGUAUGUGCGUGUGUGUGUGUGCGUGUGUGUGUGCGUGCGUGUGUGCGUGUGUGUGUGAGAGUAAGAGUGAGAGCGAGGAGUGGGUGGGUGGACGGGGAAAACGCGAGUCCGAGAGACAUCCGGAAGAGCGGUGCUGCGAAGCGUCUCGAGCGCAUAUCACACGCGUGGCGCGACGCGAGCACGGAAUAAUGUUGCUGAUUCUAACAUGCGAGAGGACGGAUGCCGCCGCGAUCGUGUGUUAGCAAGUGUCCCCGCGAAUAAUGGCCGAUAAUGUGCACAAAAAAUCGCACAGCAGGCUGUCGGAUAGUAGCAGCAGCGGCGGAGGAGCAGGUAGCAGGAAGCAGCUCUCCAAUCCUGUGCACCGCACCACCACGGAGACGAUCCGUCUGGGCGAGGUGGAUCACAGGCAUCACCAUCAGCAGCAGCCGGUCGUCGCGCCGUCGAGCGGCGUCUUGCAGACGGCGAGCGGCGGCAGCGGUAGUAGUGGAGGAGGAGGAGGAGGAGGAGGAGGAGGAGGAGGAGGAGGUGGUAGUGGUGGUGGGGGGCAGUGCAAGAAGAAGACGUCGUCCUUUCAGAUCACUAGCGUCACCGUAGGCUGCCGCAUGAGCAAUGACGCCGGCGAAGACUCGAAUGAUGAUCUGGAUGAGUCACACACCGAGGACAACUCGCGCGUCACCGACCUUGACCUCGAGACACCGAGUUACUCCGAGGACACCUUCUCCAAGGAAGAGAACGUGUUCUUCAACACGAGCAACGCCGCCCUCAGCACCGCCCCGGUGAUCCCUACCAGCUCGCAGUACGGCCUGGCGAUUGUGCCGUCGUCGGUGGUUGAGGGAGUCGUCGGGGGUGCCAGCAACUGUUCAGUGAUCAACGACAGCAACGGCGUUGUCGGAGCCCUGGACGGCCUUGCGUCCGUCGUCACGGACGGCAGGCAGCAGGAGUGUGCCGAGGUGUUGCGCGAGGUGCAUUCGCAUGGCCGGAACAACGAGCGAUUCAAGGUAGUCAAGAUCGAGAGCACUGAGCCAUUCAAGCGCGGACGGUGGACUUGCAUGGACUAUCUUGACCACAACACUGCAUCCGUUAACCAGCCGACCGCGAUCGGCGCGCCGAAAGUGUCCGAUCCGAACGAGGUGUGCAUAUCGUAUGGGGUGACCGACAGCGGGAUGAUCGUCGUGCCGGAGGCGACUGCCGGCAGCAAGCAGCAACAAGCGUCUGUGGUGACUAACGACGAAGCCAAGGGGACAAUCGGCAUCGACGUCGCUAACGGCCCGGUAUCGUCGGACAACCCGCAAGUUGUGCAGGUGCACUCGUCGAGCACUGCUGCGAACUACGCGAUCAGUAAUUCGAUACCUUCCAAUGUACAGCAUAAUUCCACCCAGACCAAGCAGCAGCAGCAGCCGCCCUCGUCAUCCGUGCAGCAAAUCCCACAGCAAUACUUUCAAUCUCAAACUCAGCAGCAGCAGCAACAGCAGUCGCAACAAUCACAGCAAAACAGUCAGGGUUCCACAUUACCCUCGAGUCUACAGCCAGCCACCCAUCCCAACAAUCUGGGGCAGCAGCAGCAGCAGCCGCAGAGUAUGCCCCAAGGCUCCAUUCCUAUCAUCACACAGGCCAGCAACAGCACUGCAGCUGUGACAUCCCAGCAGCAGCCAACGAGUGUACCACCUCAUUCUAAGGAGGAGAGCUACGUACCGGUGCAGAGUGUCUGCCAGCCGACGACAGUGCAGCAAACGACUUCGGUCCCAACCUCCCAGGCGCCGAAUAUUCACGUCACGCAGCAGUCCGCUGUGACGGAGGCCGCUACUGCGGCCUCCUGCCAGCAACAGUCGCCGCCGUCAAUUUCUGAGCCACUGACUGCCAUACAGGGGAUACAGGGCAUGCCGCCGAGUAUUCACAAGGUUCCUCAGGCGACCGGGGCCGGGCCGCAGCCACAAACGCAGCAGCAACAAACGUCGUCGACGAUCCAUCCCGCCACGGGUGCAGGGCCCGUGCAGUCACCACAGGUGAUUGCGCCAGCCUCGACACAGCAACAACAAACGCAACCAACGCAAACGUCUAACGGUAACACCGCCCAGCCGGCAGCGGUCCAGAUCGCCCAGGCGGUGACCGCCAAUUGUCCGAAUGUCGUAGGCGGUACCUUGCAGCAGGGGAACACCAUCGUGUUCCAUCAGUCCGACACGGAGCAAGAACAAUCCAUCUCCGGCAUCGUUCCUAAUUCCACCGCCGUUUCAUCAGCCGAUGUGACCCUCCUAGAGUCGCUGGCCGAGGUCACGCAGGGCAGCGACGAGCACCGUGCUCUCGAGGAUAACGAGAGUAUGUCGGGAACGAGCGCCGUGGCGAUCGAUAACAAGAUUGAACAAGCUAUGGAUUUGGUUAAAAGUCACUUAAUGUUCGCGGUACGGGAAGAAGUUGAGGUGCUGAAGGAAAAAAUAGCCGAGCUUAUGGAUCGUAUCAAUCAAUUGGAAGCGGAAAAUUCGAUAUUAAAAGCACACGCGACUCCAGAAACACUGGCUCAAUUGAGUCAGUCGACCGCAAAAUUAACUCAAAACAAUUCAGGAAGUGGUCAAUAGGUAAACCAUUGUACAUAAGUUUCUAUCAAUACUUUGUCAAGUAAAUACUGGAUAAUAUAAUUAUUGUAUAUAACUUUACGAUUUUUAGAAAUUUAUAAAUAAUGAGAUUUAUUAUAUAUAUAUAUUAGCAUUAGAGCUAAUAGCAUUUUUUUAAGUAAACUAAAGAUAAUGAAUUAUUUUUUACUAUUUCAGUUUAUCGUUUAGGAAAUAUAUUUAAAAUCGUAAUUUACAUCUUUUCUUUUCUUUUAAAAUGCUCGAUCAUUUUGAAGAUACUGUCUGUCGUUGUGAUUUUAGAUAAAGAGUAAAACACAAAUACGGGUGAAUGCCAAAAUUAAACAGCGCUAAUGUGACAGAGUUGAUAUUAUUUUACAUUAGAAACGUGAUUUUCACAAUAUUAAAAAAAGAAACAAUACAGCAAAAUAGACCAUUUUGACAUUCCUAGAUUAUUUUUCCUAAUGUCAUAAUAUUUAACUAAUUUAAAUUUAAUCCGACAUAUUGAGCAAGAUGAACGAAAAUUAAUAUUUGUGAAAUAUCACUUACUUAUGUGAUGUUUUAAUUUUUAAUAAUUUUCCUAGCCUCUUAUGUAGCCUCUUUGUGUUAAUGAUUAAAAUAUAUAUUUAUAAUAAAUUCUGCGGACAAACGCAUCAUUUUCGAAUAUUAAAUCUCAUAUUUC